GUUCUUGAUUUCUGUAUCUACUAUAUCUAUUUAUUUAUAUGUAAACUUGAAAUUUUUCGAUAGAUAUCCAAUUCUUAGGUCAGAUGUGUUAUAUGAGAACUUCCGAUAUGAGUUUUUCCCAGUACGAUAUCAUACUUCGGUUAGUAGGCCUUCUCAAAUGCUCAUAAAAGACAUUCAACUCACCCUCAGGGCAAAACUUUAUGGUUUGGAUCAGAAGUCUCGUGGAUCUAGACUGAGUCUCUCUUCUUCUCAAGAAUCAUAUAUUCAUGCUUGGUUCAGGUUCUAA